CUUCCUUCCCAUCACUCCUGCCAUCAUGACCUCAUUUCGCUCCAGUGCAAGGCUGAUGCCUUCCUCCUCGUCAUCAAUAGCAUACUCGAUGCGAGCGUACACCACUGCAUCAUCGUCCUCUUCGCCCUCAUUAUCCUCAUCACAGGCAGCACCUCCCCCGCCGAGGAGAAAGCGUGCCCCUCGCACCCUCUCUUCACGACCCGGGGCAGACCUGGUAGGCCCACCAGAUCCAGUCAGCAACUUGCGUCCCGUCAUCUACGGUAGCGCCUUCACUGCUGUCGAAGCCGAGAGCUCUUCAACCCAACAAGCAGCCUCGACGAGCAACCACGCGCCGCAGCUUGCAAGACAGGAAGUCCACCACCCAUACUCGACGUCCGAAUUCACGACCACGCCCACUGCUUCAUCCUCCCUCCCUUCAUCAAUAUCCUCCUCCCGGUCACGAGCUCUUCGACCACCAUCUCCUUACUAUCUUUCCCUCCUCUCACGCCUCGAGUCCCUCGAGCUCACCCACCACCUCCUCCGCUCACGAUCCGAUAAGUUCUCACAACGCUUCUGGUCAGACAACAAUCGACGAUACACUGCGGCUCUCGAUGCCUAUAGGAAGCAGCAUCAGCCUGAAGGCACAGGAACGGGUGGAGAUGAGGCCGUUCUACUUGCUCCGUUCUACUCCGCCUGGCUCGAUGCCAACGCUAAGAGGUACCGGGCAUACAAUGAGCGAUUGUGGAGGAUGACGAGGGCGGAUCUGGGGCCUGCAAUCAGGUAUGAGGGGAUGAGAAGGUGGGUGAGAUGUGUCGGAUGGUGGGAGAGGAUCAAGCCUUGGUAGCUAGGUAACGAGGGCAAGAUGGGUAUGAAAUUGAGGACGAUAAAUGCACAUGGAUAGAAGUGAAGUGUGACCGCGCCCAGACAUCCCCUUGCCUAAUGUACAGCUUCAACCCCCAUAUCUCCACAUUACCCCUUCUCAUCAACCCACCUCAAUCUGACCACAUAGCCGGCCACUGCACCGGCAGUCUCGGGACAGCCGGCGGCCCGUUCCCAUCAGCCAUGGUAGCGAAAAACUCGUCGUGCUCCGCAAGCACCGCCUCCCAUUCCCUCAACCCUUG